GCCUGUUAUGUUCAACCUGUCUUGUGCAUUUAGUCCGUGCCUCAGUUAGUUUCCCCAGAUCCGUCAUCGUAGUGUCCGUGAAUGUCUCUGCCUAUCUGUCCUUUGACCAUUAAACCUCCUGAUUACCCAUCAGUUUGGCUCGCUCUCCUGCUUCCCUGCUUGCCGACUUACCCGAACGUGACAGCAGGUCCUUCAUCUCACAAACCACAACAUAAUUACUCCCAAAGAAACCCUGCAACUCUUACCUCAAUCCCGGCUUUCAGGCCUACCUACAUCCAGCAGACCAGAUCCUCCGUGUUCCCCAGAUCCAGAGACCUGCAAGGUCGCCAGAGCUGCAGGACCUGCCGGAGCCACCCCGCCUGCCAGCUGAAGACUUCUUCUCGCUCCUGGACAACCACAUGGAGUGGAGGCAAAAUUCCACCGUGUAAGGUGUCGAAGACCAGAGCACUCUUCAUGCGGGCAAGGAAGGCACUGGGGGGGCAAACCCCAGGUACGGAUCCCCAGGAGGCAGAGAAGGUCUGGCACUGUAUGGGGGAAAUGCAGCAGCUAAUCAAGCAUGAAGGUCCUCAAGUACAAACCCACACACACACAAUCCACCUAACCACAUGCCUUUGGACUGGGGAAAAAUUGGAGUACUUAAAGGAAACACAUGCAACAUGGAGAGAACUUACACAGUCCACAAAAACAUGGGAUGGAUUCAAACCCACAAUGAAGUAGGUGGCAGCUCAGAUUUCAGGGGACUGAUUUCUUUCAUUUGUGUGAGGAGACCUCCUUUAGUGGGCCCUUUAAGCAAGGUGCUUUAGA